AUGUGCUGCGUGCCUGAUCCACAGAGUCAUUCUUCCGAGCAAGAACUAGCCGCCAUAACGCUCCUCGCAACGCUCGACCGCGAUGAUCGCCCCUCGUUCGCCUUCAAUGUGCACUCGGCACCGGAGCACGAUGCGCCCCUGGACAUAAUAUACCACAAUCCCGCGCUGGCAAUCGUUGACGGGUUACUGGAGAAGGUAUCUAGGCUACACGAUGCGAACAGCAUAUUCGCCGAUGUAGUAGUGGGCUCCCAUGUAGCAUUCCGGGACUGGCUCUGCGGCCGGGCACAGAACGAUGACCUCGCGCGCAAGGGCAACGCCUACCUGUUUGAGGGACACGUCUGGACAGCCGUUGAGGUCGAGCACUACAAGCUGGUGAGCGGCGUUCCGACAGCGCUGCUUUGGGUUGAUGUGGUGCCUGGACGACAGCGUGGAUCCCUAAACUCGAAAGAGAGUAAGGUGCCCGAGAAUCGCCCUUCUCAAAGCAUAGCACCCAAACGACUGCCUGCAGCGAAACACGGCCCCUUCGACUACACACUAGAAACGCUCCCACCCCCGGCGGCUACCGACCCCCAUAUCGCCUAUUUCCGCAGCGUCGACUGGGCGCAGACACCCCUCGGCCCUAUGGCGCAAUGGCCUGCCGAACUACGUUGCAUUGUCAAUCUCGUCUUGAACAGCAGCUUUCCAAAUGUUCUGUUCUGGGGCGAGGAAGUGAUUAUGAUAUACAACGAGCCGUACAUCCAGUUUCUUGGCGCCCUCCAUCCAGGUAUGGGCAAGAGCAUACGCACUGAAGCUGUCGACCACUGGCCCUCAUUCGAACCUCUGAUCAAGCACAUCAACGAAACGGGCCAGUCACUCGCUGAGGGCGAUAUGCUCUUGUUUAUCGACAGGCAUAGCUUUAGCGAGGAAACUCAUUGGUCGUUUCAAUUUGUUCCCGUCUUGGAUAGUAAUGGUUACAUUGCUGGAUAUAGUCAAAGUUUUUUUGAGACGACAGACCACCAUCUCCUCGAACGCCGCGUAUCUGGCUUAGUCGAAAUGGCCAGUCAGACGGCAAAUGCCCGGGACUUCCACUCUUAUUGGGAUAUCACACUGCGUACGAUGACUUUGAACGACAAAGACGUACCAUUCGCGCUUUUAUAUGCAGCAGACCGUGACGCUGGCGCCCAUAUGCCAGCUUUGUCGCCUUCAUACACUACCACUCCCUUGGAAAAAUGUCUUUUAAAGGGCUCCAUUGGGGUUGAUGCCAAUCACCCAAUUGCUCCGUCUGUCAUCAGUAUUCAUCAAAGCUCCCACAUUUUCCAGCCCUUCCUUGUCCAGGUGGUUAAAUCUAAGAAAGCUACUAUUGUGCAUCUCGAUGAGCUCGCAUCAUCCGGGGCCGUGUUGGAGGGCAUAGAUUGGAGAGGAUACGGUGACCCAUGCCGCACUGUAGUUAUAUGUCCCAUCCUCCUAACCACCGGCGACCAAGUUGAAGGUUUCUUGAUACUCGGCAUCAAUCCCCGAAGGCCAUUCGACCAAGCCUACCAGUCGUUUGUCCAAGUCAUGCUGCGCUUACUGUCUACGUCACUCGCUUCGGUCGUUCUUUUUGACGACGAGGUGCGUCAAAGAGAAAUCGCCAUUGGCCAAGCUGCGCGGAUUCAGGAACAACUACUCGCUGAACUCAAAUUAAAGGAAAAGAGAUUCCAGAGAUUUGCCGAGCGGUCAGACGUCGGCAUCUUCAUUAUGGAUCGUUUGGGCAAAUACACUUAUCGGAACAAGCGCUGGUACGACCUCUUUGAGAUUGCCGUUGGAGACGACGAUGUUAUGGUUGCUUGGCAAAAGAUCGCCUUUCCGGAGGAUGUGAAAUAUUGCGAAGGACUUUUCGCAAAACUGGUAGUGGAUCAUGAGCCAAUCUGUUUCGAGUUAAAGACAAGAAUGAUCUGGUCGCCGCCCGCCGACCUUGUUCAGUCCGAGUGUGAGAGCACGACGAACUUCAAAUGGAUCUUGUGCUCUGCUUACCCAGAAAUUGAUGCAAAAGGUCAGCUAUGCGAAAUUGUGGGAAAUGUAACCGACAUCUCGAAGCUGAAAUGGGCUGAGAGCAUUCAGAAGGUCCGCACCGACAGCGCCCUCGAGAGCAAGCAGCACCUCGAGCAUUUCAUCGAUACAACCUCACACGAGAUGCGAAAUCCAUUGUCUGCUAUCAUGCAAUGUGCCGAUGGCAUAAUAUCCUCCUAUUCACCUGAGGACAACGGCCAGUUGCCUCGAUCCCAGACCUGGUCUACAUUUCUGGAGCAGACAAUGGACGCAGCACAGACCAUCGCUCAGUGCGCACAACAUAUGCAUCACAUCGUAGAUGACAUCCUCACCAUCUCAAAACUCGACUCUGGUCUACUCGUUAUCACUCCUGUCGAUGCCCAGCCAGAAGCAGUGGCUAAGCAUGCCAUCAAGAUGUUCGAGGCUGAGGCUAAGGCCGCCAAAGUCGAGCUCUCCUUUUUAGUUGACCAGUCAUUUCGCAACAUGCAGAUUGACUGGGUUUCUUUAGAUCCUACCAGAUUACUCCAAGUUCUCAUCAAUCUUCUCACAAACGCGAUCAAGUUCACACGGCUCGAAUCAACUCGUCGUGUAACGCUCUCUGUCGCUGCAAGCACCAUAGAGCCUGCCUCUGUAGCAGGUGGUAUUCAGUUCAAUGAGGAUCGGCUAGUGGAUCAUGAUUCCCAUUUGGAAGAUGAUUGGAAACAAGAUCCUGAUUUGCUCUUCAUUCAAUUUUCAGUCAUCGACACCGGUCGUGGGCUGUCAGAAGAAGAGAGGGGCAGUCUCUUCACUCGCUUUUCACAGGCAUCACCUCGAACUCAUAUUCACUACGGUGGCUCCGGUCUUGGCUUGUUCAUCUCACGACGAUUGACCGAGUUGCAAGGCGGCGCUAUUGGUCUUGUGAGUGAGUAUCGGAAAGGCAGCACUUUCUCCUUCUAUAUCAAAACGAGACGAACCAAGCCUGUCCUAGCCCGAAAGGGUAGUUUGCCAAGUCCAUUCCCCGAGGAUAUCAGACACAGGUCGGACCCAUCACUUAUAAGCCCCGCGCGGCCACUCUCUUCACCCCGAAAACCGGCUGUGGAGAGUAAUCUGCGAUCGGACUUGCCGAGCCCCAAAGUACCGCGCCAGCUUCCCUACUCAAGACAGCAUCCGAUGACCCAUGAGCAUAAAUCUCCAGAUACCAUUGGGGUGCCACCAGAGCCCACUCUACAGGAGGUAAAGCGCCCCAAGAGCACACCAGAGAUCUUUCAUGUGCUCGUCGUCGAAGAUAAUCUGGUGAAUCAGAAAGUGCUCGCAAGGCAGUUACGGAAUUUAGGAUGCAUUGUCAGUGUUGCAAACCAUGGUCAAGAAGCCCUCGAUUUUCUCCCCAAGACGAUGUGCUGGGACCACACUCAUCCUACUGCUCCUCCGACCUAUCGAAGAUCAUCGUGCCACAUACCGUCAACUGAACUCAUUGCUAAUCAAGAGGACGACACCCUGCCCAUUGAACUCUCCCUGAUAUUGAUGGAUUGGGAGAUGCCUGUUAUGAAUGGUCUCACUGCGGUCGCUAAAAUCAGAGAACUGGAGAGGCGUGACGUGAUGAGAGGCAGAGUGCCAGUCAUUGGUGUCACAGCCAAUGUCCGACAGCAGCAGAUUGAGACAGCAAUCGCAGCGGGUAUGGACGAUGUCGUUAGUAAGCCUUUCAAAGUUGCGGAACUGCUGGCGAGAAUGAGAACCAUCGUCGCUAGCAUGGCCACGGAGACAGCAGGCCAGAAUUCCAAAGGUGGGAGUGAAGGCACUGGAGAAAGUAGAAGCGGAAGUGGUGAAUGA